AUGCCCAAAGAUUAAGGAAACUUCAUAUAAUUUCUAUUUAGCUGUUCUAGAGUCCGAGCAUGUCUCCUCCACGUAAAUUUUCUCUCCCUUGGACAAUUGCAACUUUCAGAAAUAUGGCCAAGAAGUCACCAACGUACCGGUUGAUCGGUCGUGCCGCCAAAUCCCCAGUCUUCUCCACCAUCGCAUUUGCUGCCAUUUUGUUUUUCAUGUAUGCAGAGCGCCUCAUGCCUAGUAUAUGCAGUAAGACUAGCCAUGAAAUUCUCCAAACUACACAGAUGAGUACUACUCCAGCGAUCCAAGGAGAAGGAGAAGGACAACUCUCAUCGACAUUGAAUGACAUGCCAGUGACCAUAGGGACGGAGAGAAGGAUUGAAGACGCAGUUGAGAAUGAAGAUCCUUUGAUUCCUCCUUUCAAAGCUUCAAUAGAAGAAAGAAUGGAGUGGUUUCGAAGGAAGCUCCCUGAGCUCGAAAUUCUCAAAUCAAACGGGUUGAGUGAGAAGUUUCACGGGCGGAUUCAGGAGCUGUUCAACAAAGACUGUUCGGCUCAGUUCUUUAUGGUGUGGCUUUCUACAGCAAAAUCCUUUGGAGCAAGAGAGUUCCUGGCUGUGGAUAGUCUGUUCAGCACCAGCCCUAAUGGAUGCCUGGUGAUUCUAUCCAGCUCCAUGGACUCCCCUAAAGGACAAGGGAUCUUGAAGCCUCUCCUUGACCGUGGGUUCAACAUUCUUGUCAUCACACCAGACUUGCCGUUCCUGGUCAAGAACACACCAGCUGAAGCUUGGCUAGAUGAACUAAAGAGUGGGAACAUGGACCCUGGGUCUGUCCCACUAUUCAACCAUCUCUCCGAUCUAAUCAGGCUAGCUGUUCUGUACAAGUAUGGAGGAGUUUACCUAGACACAGACUUCGUAUUCCUGAAAGAUCUAUCAGGGUUGCAGAACACCAUUGGUGCACAGAGUAUUAACCAAGUGACCAAGAAAUGGGCAAGAUUAAAUGGCGCAGUUAUGAUCUUUGACGCCCACCAUCCACUUCUUGUGGAUUUCUUGCAGGAAUAUGCCACGACUUUUAACGGGAACAGGUGGGGUUACAAUGGACCUUACCUGGUUUCCAGAGUUCUUGAGAGGGUCAGAGACAGAUCUGAAUAUAAUGUAACUAUCUUCCCACCCAAUGCAUUUUAUCCAGUGGAUUGGAUCAAGAUAGCCAAGCUCUUCAAGAAGCCAGAGACAGAGGCUGACGAGAAAUGGGCAGAGGAGACGCUGCUUGAUAUAAGCAGCGAAAGCUAUACUGUGCACUUGUGGAACAAAAGGAGUAGGGAAUUGAAGAUAGAAGAGGGAAGUGUGAUGGCAAGAUUGAUUGCAGAUCACUGCAAUAUUUGUGAAAAUGUAUAUGAUCCCUGAAGAAGAUUUUUUCCCCCAACAAAAGCAUGCAUACAUUAACCUUGGAACCUCCCUUAGUUUAUAACACUAUAGAAUAUUAUUUUGAUUGAACAAGCUCUUGUCAAAGGAUUCUUUUUCUGUUCUUUUUUCCUUUUUCCUUUUAGUUUAAAUAUUAGAAAAAAAAGGAUGAACUAUU